AUUAUACAUAAUAAUAGCAGUGUACCUAUUGUUAUGUUACUAUUCGAACGUCAUAAGUCAUAAUACAGGUUUUAUGUUCUGAUAUUUAUUUAUUGUUAUUACCUAUAUCGCAUAUCUACCGACGUUACACGCGUGAACCAUGUAGUUUUUCGUCCGUAACAAACUCAACACCUUCGACGUGCAUCGUUCGACAAUAGAAAAUAAACGUCAAAAAUCGAAAUAAACAUGCCCCCCAGCCCUUGUAGUUCGAAAAGUAAUAGACUGCCGGAUAUCACGGAGAAUUCAGCGGAUACGCUGGUCUAUGACCGCGAGAUAUUAAAUAUUGGAAGUUCUGACUUCAUCCUGAUAGACGAGGUGAGCGUUAAAGAGGAAAAAAAUGUAAAGACCUAUUGCACUCAAAUAGCCUACAAGACUAAAUCAGCGUUCAAGCGCAAAAACAUACCCAAACGAUUGCCAUUUCUACAAUGGUGGCCGACUUACACGAAGGAAAACUGUAUUGGAGACCUCCUAGCUGGCAUCACAGUCGGUCUAACACUCAUACCACAAUCCAUGUCAUUCGCAGCUCUUGCUGGUCUAACACCUCAAUACGGUCUAUACGGUUCGUUCAUUGGCAGUAUAAUGUACGUCUUCCUAGGCACUUGUAAGGAAGUCCCCAUGGGUCCAACAGCCAUUGUGUCGCUAAUGACGUAUAACACGCUCAACGGAUUAGGGCCAGUAUAUGGCACUCUGCUGUGCUUUUUGACUGGAGUCAUUCAACUGAUCAUGGGAGUAGUAGGAUUAGGAUUCUUGAUCGAUUUCAUUUCCGGCCCGGUAAACGCGGGAUUCACGUCGGCCGUCGCCAUACUCAUCGUCGUGUCCCAAGUCAAAGACAUAAUCGGCAUACGAGCUGUGGGGUCGACUCUGCUCGACAUAGUUGUAUCCCUGUCCAAAGACAUUGAAAACUUCCGAGUUGGAGACAUAAUACUUGGAUCGACGUGCAUUGUUGUGAUUUUGUUGUUACGAAUGUUAGCUCUGAUUCACAUUGGCUCAGAGGAAGACAGCCAACGAACAAAGUUUCAGCAAAUUAUCAAUAGAACCAUGUGGUUGAUCGGCACUUUUAGGAAUUCGAUCGUCAUCAUUGUGACCACGUUCAUUGGAUUCGUUUACGUGAGUUCUUCGGGCCACGACGUGACAUCUAAUGAAUUGCCACCGAUACCGUUUAAAGUAAUCGGUAAAAUUCCGGCGGGUUUGCCUGAUUUCGAUUUCCCGAAGUUCAGCAUUACGCGAGACAACGGAACCACAGUCGGAUUCUUUGAGAUGGUAUCGGACAUGGGUUCUGGAGUUAUAGUCUUACCAAUAAUAGCAUUAAUCGAAAACUUAUCCAUAUGCAAAACAUUUUCUUUGGGAAAACCUAUUGAUGCUACACAAGAGUUAUUGGCAAUUGGCUUGUGUAAUAUCGGAAAUUCGUUUUUUCAUGCAUUUCCAGGUACGGGUUCUUUCUCUAGAAGUGCCGUGAAUGCCGGUAGUGGCGUAAGAACACCAAUGGGAGGUUUAUAUUCUGGAAUUUUGGUCAUCGUAGCUUUAUUAUUUUGUACACCUUAUUUUUAUUAUAUACCAAAAUCGGCUCUUGCGGCGAUUAUUAUUGCUGCGGUCAUAUUCAUGGUGGAAAUUCGUGUUGUUAAACCGAUUUAUCGAUCAAAAAAAAGCGAUCUUAUUCCCGGUCUAGGAACGUUUUUCGCCUGCUUGUUACUACACAUGGAAUUAGGGAUUUUAAUUGGAGUCGGCUUAAACUUGAUAUCGAUUCUUUACCACGCGGCAAGACCUAAACUUUCAAUUAGAGUUAACACGACUAGAAGUGGUAUUAAUUAUCUGAUGAUGACUCCAGACAGAUGUUUGAUAUUUCCAUCAGUCGAUUAUGUGAGAAACAUUAUCAUUAAGCACAGUUUAAAACAAAAUUUACCGGUAGUCAUUGAUUGUUCGCAUAUAUAUGGAGCAGAUUUUACUGCUGCCAAGGUCAUAGAAUUAUUAACUAUAGACUUUUCACGAAGAGGACAGUUGUUAUUUUUUUACAACUUGAAACCAAGCUUAGUCAAUGUUUUUGAGGGAGUUCGUCCAAAAGACUUCAACAUACGAUUAUUCUACGAAAGUCGAGAAAUUGAUCAACUAUUACUCAAACAUAUGGCCAUAAACAACACCUCGGAAGAUUGAGAAUUAUUUAAAUACCUACAAUUUAAGAUAAUUUUACUUUCACAUACGCUUAUUCAACAACUGUCGUUAUAUUAAUCAGCUGUUGUAUAAACGUGCACAUAAUGCGAUGACAAUAAACAGCAAUUCCGGAUUCGGAUGUGGCUGAGACGCUGAAUGUUAUCUGAAUAACUUCAAUUUAAGAUCACUUUGUAUAUUGUUAUAACCUAUUCUUAAACAGAAAUUUUGACGAUAAUUAUUCAAAAAAUUUUUUUUUAAUGUUGCUAAGCUAAAUAUAUAAUCUAUAUUGUAUUAUUAUACUCACGACUGACUGAUUUAUAAUUAUAACUAUUGUACCUAUAUGAUACAAUAUAUACAUAGUUCUUUAAUAUAAAAUAGUUAUUAUACUUGGAUAUAGUUUUAGACCUGAAUUUUAUAAUUGGUUAAUUAAUUAAAAUCACCCAAAUUAUAAUGUUUAAAAUUACAUUUUUACAUUUACAUUUAAUGGAGUUAAGACGGGGUAAAAUCACGGGUUAUUAACGUGUUACGGACAACGCCGUACAGUUAGAUAUUGUAGUAAAACAAGUUAAACUGUUAAACUAACUGUUAAUUACAUCUUACGGUAUCUACCCUUCUUCAAAAUUAUUAAAGCAUAACCUUUAGUAGUUAAUUGUUUUGUAUUUUUAAUGUAUAUUUAUGUGUACAAUAUCUACUUACAAUAUCGAAUUUGGAUUAUUUUAAUUAAUAUUUAAUAAGUAUAAGAAUUCAGAGUUCAGACAUUCGGUUGAUGUUUCUCA